UCUUUCUCUCUCCCCUCUCCUUUUCGCGGCAGCAGUAGUUGGAAGGCGCAUCUCCGCAAACAGGUCACAUUUCACUCUAGUCGCAUCCUCGUCUUUUUCUCCAGAAAAUAAGCUAUAUCGAGUGCCGCGCGCCUUUUCUAAGCACUUACCAUGGUGAUAAUGACCGAAUUGGGGGUCCUACUCGUCCCGGUGAUGAUGCUGGUGGGAUUCACCUUGCAGGCGGAAAUUAAGAACGGGAAAGAGGCAGAAAAAGCAGGGAAUUUCAUGGAAGACGAGCAUUGGCUGUCCACCAUUUCACAGUACAGCCGCAAGAUCAAGCACUGGAAUCGCUUCAGAGACGAAGUAGAGGAUGACUAUGUGCGGACCUUGGAUGAGAAUCAGGGAGGCUCUAAUGAAAAUGUUGACACCACCAAGGACCCCUGUCAGAAGGUGAAGUGUAGCCGACACAAGGUGUGUAUCGCCCAGGGAUACCAAAGGGCUGUGUGUGUCAACCGCAAAAAGCUUGAGCACAGACUGAAGCAGCCUUCCCUGAGGUCUCCUGAGGGAGGAUGCCGGCCCUGCCCCAUCUCCUCCUCUGUUCCUGUGUGUGGCUCUGACGGACACAACUACGCGUCACAGUGUAAACUGGAGCAGCAGGGGUGCCUCACAGGGAAGGAGCUGACUAUGAAGUGUUCAGGUCUUUGUCCCUGUCCAACCACAGCGCCCAUCACAGAGACAGAGGUCAAGCAUGAGAGUUGUACAGGGCAGGACCUCUCUGAUCUGGGGGAGAGGCUGAGGGACUGGUUCCAGCUGCUGCAGGGCAAUGCCAAGCUGAACAACAACAGCAAGACUGGAGGCAGCAACCCAGCAGUGGCUAACACUGGAUCAGUCAUGGACAGGAACGUGGUGGCCAGCUGUAAGGACUCUAUAGGUUGGAUGUUCUCAAAGCUGGACACCAACAGUGAUCUGUAUCUGGACCAGGCCGAGCUGGCAGCCAUUAACCUGGACAAGUAUGAGGUCUGCAUCCGACCCUUCUUCAACUCCUGCGAUUCCUACAGGGAUGGGAAGGUUUCUACAGCCGAGUGGUGCCUCUGCUUCUGGAGACAGAAGCCCCCCUGCCUGGCUGAGCUGGAGAGGAUCCAAGUCCAGGAGGGAGGCAAGAACAAACUGGGCCUGUUCAUCCCUAGCUGUGAUGAGGAUGGAUACUAUAGAAAGCUACAGUGUGAUCAAGCCAGGGGAGAGUGCUGGUGUGUCGACCAACACGGUGGAGAACUAGCCAGCUCCAGAAUCCAUGGCAACCCUGACUGUGAUGAGGCGCUGACAUAUUCAGGUGAUUUUGGUAGUGGGGUAGGAUGGGAGGAUGAGGAAGAGAAAGAAGCGGAGGAGAAUGAAGAGGAAGAGGAAGGAGAGGCGGAUGACGGAGGAUAUAUUUGGUAGAGGUGAAGAAAUAAUGGAGUCUAGCUGGUCCAACAUUACUACCGGAGCAUCUCAACUUCUCUUGCUUCUCUGUCUCUUACACACACACACACACACACACACACACACACACACACACACACACACACACACACACACACACACACACACACACACACACACACACACACACACACACACACACACACAAA